AGGCAUUGCACCCUGGUAAUAACUGCUCGCCUGCCCUCUCAUUACAUACAGCGGAAUUUCAAAAAAAAAACAAUAAAAUUGGUCAAAAUUCUGAUUAUUUAUUUCUAAAAAGGGUUUUUACUAAUAAAAAAACAAAAAAAGAACUCAUUGCUUUUAGAAAACUGACUGGCCAUCAUUUACAAGUAGUGAUUGAAAGACCUUUCAAUUCAAGUACUUUGUUGGGAAGCAUCUCAUCCAAAGAGAGAAAAAGAAAGGGAGAAUAUUCAUUUCUUUGAUAUUUAGUGAAUGAUUGAGGCAUCGGUCAAGAAUACAAAACGAUAUGGGAAAAAAUCCAUUAAGAACUUGGUGGAAGCAAUUGAGAAUUCAUAAAGCAAGCGAGAACAAACUCUUUGGAUUGAGUCUAUCAGAAGCUUUAGAAGUAUCAAAAGUAGCGAUUUUUCUUACUCGGAAAGAUGGCGAAAGGGUGUUUUAUGGGUAUAUACCAGCAGUAGUUGCAAAGUGCGGGUUCUUUCUAAAAGAAAAAGCUACAUUAUCAAAAGGAAUAUUUCGGGUAAACGGCUCUUCGAAACGGAUUCAAUUGCUCCAGAAAGCGUUUAGCAGCGGUCCGGAUUACGGACGCAGUUUAAUCUGGGAUGGGUAUACCGUUCAUGAUGCCGCCAACGUAUUUCGAAGAUUUAUCAACUUGAUGCCUGACCACGUGAUUCCUCUAGAGUACUAUGAGCUUUUCCGUGAACCGAUGACCAUUUCCAACUUGACAGACAUGGAACGUGUUGAGCUGUACCGCCAACGUAUAGACAAUCUCCCUAUUCCGAAUCGACAGCUUCUUCUCUACCUUUUAGAUUUACUCGCUGUUUUUGCUUCUAAUUCACACAUAAACCUAAUGCCCGCAGAAAAUUUGGCCGCUAUUUUUCAACCCGGUAUCUUAUCCCAUCCUAACCAUGAAGUAUAUUCCAAAGACUACGAAAUUUCACAAAACGCUCUGUUAUUUUUAAUCAAUCAUCAAGGAAGCUUCAUUAAAACUAUUCCUCUUUCCUCGUUACCUCCCUUAGUUCCCAGCCCUACAUCACCUGAUGCUUCUUCUUCUACCUUAGUCGCACAAUCCGAUCAUAAUUCCAGAGUUCAAGUUUAUAGUUCGAAAAGCGGGACCAUCAAGCGAUGGCGCUCAUUCAACCGUCAAUCCCGUAAAAACUUUUCAACUGCGGAUAUACUCGAUCAUGGUACCGACGAUCAGAAAUUAUCUGGUUCUCCUAGAAAAAAUAGUCCUAGAUCAAGCUCAUUAACUCGAAGUGGUUCUAUGAAACUUUUCCAUACGUUGGACCGUCGGAGGGACGGCUAAACGAUUAAUAUGGAUGAGUGCUUUUUUAUGACAACCUUUAAGUGAGAAGUUUAUUCUCAAUACUGUAUAUAGCUCCGUAUAGAUUCUACCUGACAUUCUUUUAGUUAAGUCUUCAUGUGUGUGCGUGUUUUUUUGUUUUUGAUUUUCUUUUUAUCUAAUAACCAUCAGGUAAAAAAUUCACGCUAGAUUACCAUUGCAAAAUAAUCGUUCAGUUAAUUCCUUUUGGAAUUUUUUACUUGCUUAAUUUUUAUACUUUUUUUUUGAAUAAUUAUUUUUGAAAAUCUGUUUCUUGUUCUUUCUCAAUCGUCUUGCAGGUAUUAAUCAAUCGCUAUCAUGUUCAGCA